UGACUGACACCCGAGUCGCGCCGUGUGCUCGCCGGGCGUGCUAUAUGUAUGGCACCAUCAAAAAUCGCAUGCGUUCAACCCUGCCGCCGUCGCUGCCACCCCGUGCUUUAAUAAGGUGUGGUUGCUUUGGGGCGGCACGGGAGAGAGACGGAUCUGUCAGCCUGCUCUCCACCCAUCUCCGGCGUGAACAGAGAGACAGCAGCAGUAGAAGGAGGAAGAGGAGUAGGAAGGAGGAGCAGGAGGGGGAGGCGUGCACAGCUCGAGAAGAGGCACUUUUGACACCAGGGUGUGCGAGCACGCGUGACUUGAUGGAGAGCUGCAGCGACGCGGAGCGGCCCCUUGAAGGCAGCUGUGACCAACCGAUGGAGACCGACGAAGGCUUCACGACAGCAGCCUCGGACUCGUCGCUGCCGCUUGAAGUGCACGGGCUCACCGAGGAGAUGGCACUCGCUGCCCAGUUAAUCGAAGACGCUCCCGGGAAUGGUGCUGGCGACCAGGACGGUGAACAGGAGGUGUGCACGUGGCGUCCCUCAGGCUGCUACGCUCUGUGCACGGUGUGCAACUUGCAGCUCAACUCCGAGGGUCAGGUGCAGAUGCACUUCAAUGGCAACGCGCACCGUCGCCGGCUGCGGCAGAUCACGGCCCAGAACGGCGGCACAGGUGACGAGGGCAGCCCCGGCGGCAGCUGUGUCCCAUCGUGCCUGGACGAGCAUCUGUGCCAAGCCGCGCCAGCUCAGAUCGCGUCUCCGGCAGACAUGGAUGGGAAGCCCUUUGUGUCCUUCCCUAUUGGUGCCACAGGCACCGUGGGCCUCUUCCCCAACUUCAGUGCUAUGGAUCCGGUCCAGAAAGCUGUGAUCAACCACACAUUCGGCCUUCCAGUACAGCCCAGGAAGAGGCAGCUCAUCACUUGCAAUAUUUGCCAAGUGCGGUUCAACUCUCAGAACCAAGCAGAGGCACACUACAACGGCAGCAAGCACUGCAAGAAGCUUAAAGCUCUGGAGGCCCUGAAGGCCAGACAGAGUACAGGUGUUACCUCUGACCUUGGCAGCCCAUCCACCUCCUCCACAUCUCUCUCCUCAUCCAGUUUCACCAUGGCAUCCACCACCACCCUUUCAAACAGCUCUGAGCACAAAGGAUGUCACAGCGAAUGCACGAGUUCCAGCACCCCAGGGUGCGAAGGAGCACAGCAGGGGGGGCGUGAGCGCAGCCCCGUGCCCCAGCAGCCAAACAGCGAGGGAGCAGCUGGCGCCGCCACAUGCCUCGGUGCUGCUCCCGCUUCAGCCAUCGUGGAGUCGGACGAGGAGAAGGCCAAGCGCCUGCUGUACUGCACCAUCUGCAAGGUGGCCGUCAACUCGCAGUCUCAACUGGACGCUCACAACAAUGGAGCACGGCACAAGGCGACGCUCGAGGGCAAGGAUGUGAGGGCUUCAGGAAGACCUUUUCCGCGCCACAUGGGCCGAAACAAAGCAGCCAAGGCAACCGGCAGCAUGCCGGGCACCCCCACCAAGAACUUCCAGUGCCAGCUUUGCGAUGUAAAGGUCAACUCGGAGGUGCAAUUACAGCAGCACAUAAAGAGUCGAAGGCAUAAGGACAAGCUGACGGGAAAGGCUUCCAAGUCCAAAUUUAGUCCAUACAACAAAGCUCAGCGUGCAAGUAACAGGAGUUCCCUGCUCGCUAAACUGACUUUCCGCAAAGAGCUGCUGAACUCGCUGGGGUUAAGCUUUCUGCAAUCUCCCCUCUCGGCGGCCGCUGCCGCCUUCCAGGCCACCAAUGUCCACUACACGGCAAAGCUGGACUUCCACAAGGACCUGACCAGGUUACCAUCCGCCAUGACAACAACAGGUUACCUGCCGUCACCCCUGGCGGCUGCCACUGCUGCAGUCGCCAUGAGAUCGCCGCUGACUUUCCACGCGGCGCCCGCCGCCACCGCCAGCCUCUUCCCAAGCCACGGUUUGGCACAAGCCCUGCUGAGGUCAGCCCCGGGGCCCAUGCGGAAUUCUCACGGGCCAAUAAUUUUCACCCCCUAUUGAUCCUAAUUCGUCUUGACCGAGGUCGGCUCAUGCUCUGCUCAUUCCGGUGGACCGCCUUUCUCUUCUUGUUUGAGAAUCCGAGGAUUUGGUUCCCCGUACGGCGUCGCAAAUGGCACUCUACGUACAGCAGUGCGACUGGCAUCUUGCUCCCACGGGUCACAGCCAAUGGCUAUCCCUGACGUUCAGAACACAUGAGAAAAAUGCAACUUGUGGAGAGUGGAACUUUUGAAUUGUAUGCUCCUUUGGUCCUACAACCCUUAAAUCUUACUAGAGAUUAACAUAUCUAUAGGCUGCAAUGCAGCAUGGAGGUCUGUCUGCUGUGUGCAAAGUGGUGGUGCGUGGCACAGCGUGUGCGUAGGACUGAUCCGUGGACGGAGAUCACAAGGAGCCAUGAGGAUUUAUCUUGGGUGUGCCCUGCUCAGAUAUGUCUGCUUCUGUCAAUAUGCCAACUGAUCCCGGGACUUCUUAUAGAGCUGCACAACGAGUGUGUUGUCCCAUCACACAAAACGACUGCUGUUUUGUUUUCUGCUGAAAUCUACUUGUGCAAAAUUUGAAUAUGAUCUGCAUAGCUGUGUGUCGCCGACUGUACCAUUUGCAAGACUGUGGCGAAAAGAUAUCCAUGUUUACAGUUUUUCACAGCUUCUCAUGCAACCUUAUAUGAUGUCUCUGUGAUUCUAUUGUACUGUGUUGUAAAAAAAUACUCGAGCUUUCCUGCCAUACCAAAUGACCUAUUACAACGAAGCUGUGCUACUAUGGCGGCUGGCAGAUGACCCGCAAGACAAGGUGACAUUGCAUAUCCAUCAAAACAUUCUCAAAUUUGCAACAUGCACUAAGAGCAUGAAAUGACAGUGAACCCAUGGGAAAGUGAAUAUACGCUGCAAAUUACGACAAUGUAUAUACAGUACUCCAGUGUACCUCAAGGGAAGUUCUAUGCUGAAAAUAUAUUCAUUCAAUUUCUGGAACAUGUUGCUGAAUAUAAAUGUAAUGGAAAAUACUGUUUAAAUUCGGCAUUGUAUGAUAUGACAAUAACACAGAGGUAUUGUUAAAUCGUCCAGUCAUUGAGAACAAAUUCAUCAAAUUGGCCACUUCAUCGGGCCAUGACGGGAAAAUUAAUGUGUGUAGAGACCCACACAACAAGCGGUGGUGGCUCCUGGUUUGUCUCAGAAUACUCGAUCUGAGUGUAAAACUGCAUUGGCAAAAGCACACUAAGAAAUGUCCAGAAUGACUUCGCUUCUGAAGUCAUAAAGAAAUGCAAGGUGUUCUGCUAUUCUAUUAAUCUCCUAACGUUAUUUGGCGUUGCUUAUUUGUCUGCUAUGAGUCGCUACGUGUUGCAUACAUUUGGUAAUGGAGCAGAUGCAUUUCUUGACAGACUUUCACCAUUACUUUUGUCAACAAUAAUAUGUGUAAUAUAGAAUUUCAACAUAAUGUGCAUUUAAUUUGUAUUGGCAAAACAAUGGAAUAUUCGAACCAUAUAAAUUAUAAAUUGGAAUGGCAUGUACUUCUAUGUGUUGCGAGCAACGUGAACGUAUAUUGGGCAUUUGCAUCAUCAAAUCUCACUGGAAUAAGUCGGUGCUUUGCUCAGUCACUGCAAUAAAUAACGUGUCAUUUUUAUUUCCAUAAUCUGUCUGCGUCUUAUUUUGUCUCGUGCUUUCCCAUCUCGUGAUGUUUCUUUUAUUUUGUCAAUGAGCAUACAUUAAAUAAUGUGCCAUCAUUGUCGACACAAAUCCACAUCUACCAAGGUAAAACUCAGAAGUAUGAAUUUGCGUUGACCGUAUUUAAAUUUUGCAAGGCUUUGCUCUAUUAACUUCGAGAGUUUGUGCAGCUUUUUAGCAUAGAUGUCACAUCGUUUAACAUUUAGUACAGCUAAAAUACAUAUUACCCGACUUUUAUUGUCACUUGCAAAGAUAACUUAUAGUAUGGCGCACGUAAAAUGUAAAUGUUUGCUCCAUGUACAUUUUCUAUUUUGAACAUGAAGCGAUGUUUUUAUUUUUAUAAUUUUCCUUGCUAAAGAAUAGUUAUUUGAUGGAGUUUGGAUGUUUUGUUUAUUCAGCUUUUUGCCAGGAAUUUAAGUUUAGCCACGGUACACAUUAUUACAUAUUUUAUUCAGUUCAUUUAUUUUACAGGUAAAAUAUGAAACAAUCUCAUUCUUUAAUGACCAAAAGAAACCACUGAAAUCCUACUACAAAUGUAGAUGUAACAUUU